UUGACCAGACCUAGUAGAACUCGUCGAGAUCACAAACUCCUUGCAAUUUUGCAGCUCAACAAAAAACCCAAAACCAACAGUCUUUCGAGCUCUCCCUCUCUUCUGCCCUAACCCCAUGUCGCGUCUGCCGAAAUAUUCAUCUCCGAAUUUCUGCAGACCUGCCACAGACUCAUAGCACGCUACCCAAUUCACAUCUCCAACCUUCGUCCUCCCAGAGAUCGAUAUUCCGAUUCCAGACACCAGAACAAGAAUACCCUUUUGUGUUGUUUGAUCCAAUCUGUGAUUUUUUCAGUCAGACAUUUCAUCAAACACCUUGGUAUCCUUGGUCCGCCGUGCCAGCCAUGGCGGACAUAGUGAAGCAAAUCUUGGCGAAGCCGAUCCAGCUAGCGGACCAGGUCACGAAGGCAGCCGACGAGGCCAGUUCGUCGAAGCAGGACUGCUUGGAGCUCAAAUCCAAGACUGAGAAGCUGGCGGGGUUGCUCCGGCAGGCGGCGAGAGCCAGCUCCGACCUCUACGAGCGCCCUACUCGGCGGAUCAUCGACGAGACUGAGCAGGUGCUCGAUAAGGCUCUGUCUUUGGUGCUCAAAUGUCGAGCCAACGGAAUCAUGAAGCGAGUCUUCACCAUUAUCCCGGCUGCGCAGUUCCGGAAAAUGUCGUCCCAUCUUGAAAACUCUAUUGGCGAUCUGUCGUGGCUGCUCCGGGUGUCGGCUCCUGCGGAUACCCGGGAGGAUGGGUACUUGGGGCUGCCUCCAAUCGCUGCAAACGAGCCAAUUCUGUGCCUCAUUUGGGAGCAGAUUGCAAUUCUGCAUACUGGGUCGGUUGAUGAUCGAUCUGAUGCAGCAGCUUCGCUUGUUUCGCUUGCUCGGGACAAUGAUCGGUACGGGAAGCUGAUAAUUGAGGAAGGUGGAGUCGGGCCCUUGUUAAAAUUGGUCAAAGAGGGCAAACCGGAAGGACAAGAGAACGCCGCCGAGGCACUCGGGCUGCUUGGCCGUGAUCCGGAGAAUGUGGAGCACAUGAUCCACGCCGGUGUGUGCUCGGUGUUUGCAAAAAUCCUCAAAGAAGGUCCGAUGAAGGUGCAAGCAAUGGUGGCUCAGGCGGUGUCGGAGCUUGCAGGUCACUACCCCAAAUGCCAGGACCUUUUUGCGCAGCAUAACAUCAUUCGGCUGCUGGUUAGCCAUCUUGCUUUUGAAACUGUUCAGGAGCACAGUAAGUAUUCUAUUACCUUCAACAAAGCUACGUCGAUUCAUGCCGUUGUGGUGGCAACCAAUAAUUCCAAUGCGAAUAACCAUUCGAACAAGGCGGGUGAGGAGGAUGAGAAGCAGGGUUACAGUCGCAUUCCUCAUCCGUUGGGUAAUCGAACCCCGAGUCGAUUGCACAAUGUGGUUGCUACUACCAUGGCAAUGCAGGGCGGGCCGAAGCCUGGUGGGAGUCAAACCACUGAUGCCAAGAGCAAUGGAAACGGAACUAUCAACGGAAGGCAGAAUCCUCAGCACCAACAGUCUCACCAUCAUCAUAAUCUUUCCGGGACGAGCAUUAAGGGGAGGGAACAGGAAGACCCUGCCACCAAGGCCAACAUGAAAGCAAUGGCGGCCAGAGCUCUUUGGCAGCUAGCCAAGGGGAACUCGCCUAUUUGCCGCAGCAUCACUGAAUCCAGAGCACUGCUAUGUUUUGCAGUGCUCUUGGAGAAGGGCUCCGAAGAUGUUCAGCUCAAUUCUGCGUUGGCAUUAAUGGUGAUUACAGCAGUAGCAGAGAAGGAUGCUGAGUUGAGAAGAUCAGCCUUCAAGCCUAAUUCCCCGGCUUGCAAAUCUGUGGUUGACCAACUACAGAAGAUUACUGAGAAAGCUGAUGCAGAUUCAGACCUCCUGAUUCCAUGCAUCAAAGCUAUUGGGAAUUUGGCAAGGACGUUUCGGGCAACUGAGACGAGAAUGAUUGGCCCGUUAGUGCGGCUUCUCGAUGAAAGAGAGGCUGAGGUCACCAGGGAGGCUACCAUUGCCCUCACAAAGUUUGCCUGUACAGACAACUAUCUUCAUCUCGACCAUUCCAAGGCAAUAAUAAGUGCUGGUGGCGCUAAGCACUUGAUCCAGCUUGUGUAUUUCGGGGAGCAAAUUGUUCAAAUUCCCGCACUGGUUCUCAUGUGCUACAUUGCACUUCAUGUACCCGACAGCGAAGAACUUGCCCAGGCUGAGGUGCUCACGGUGCUCGAAUGGGCGUCCAAGCAAUCAUGUAUGACCCAAGACGAAUCGCUCGAAAUGUUGCUACAAGAAGCGAAGAGCAGGUUGGAUCUUUAUCAGUCCAGGGGCUCGAGGGGAUUCCAUUGAUUCAAUCACAAGGCAGAGUGGUCUUCCCAUACCCGAAACAAAAAGGAACACAUUUCAUUUUUUUCUUGUUUUUAUGAUUCUCAUUGAGUGUACAUACUACGUAAUUUACAACUUUCUCAGUCAAAUUAAGAUCUUCUUCUGAAUUUCCGUUUCCCCUCCGUUGUUGUCGUUAAAACGGGUGAUCAGAAGUUCGGAUUCUUGACAUAUCGAGUUACUUUCCCUAUGUAAUUAACUUCUUAAAGCGAAUACGAACGAGUUUGCUAGUUUUAGCAUUUGUCGAAGUUU